AAUUCUAUAAUUCUAUAAUGAAAGGUUUAAAUUAUUCAAGCAUAUUAACUUAUAGCUACGAAAAAUCAUAAGAAGAUAUGAAAAGAAUAUUAGAAUUUGAUGGAUUAACGAAUUGGUAAUAAAACGAUGACUGCAAGAUAGUUGAAUAUAAAAUUGAUCAUUCAAUGUAAAUAACAUUAAGUUUAUUACUAUAUUUACAAGUAAUCUAAUUUAUAAUUUUUAGGAAAGUAAAUUCAUACGAUUAACUAUAGCUUAAAAUAUUCAAUUGUGUUUAGAUAUUUUAUAGAAAUAUUAAGAACUUAAAAAAUAAAAUAUAUAACAUAAUUAUUUGAGUUCUGAUAGAAUUUUAAUAAAUCUAACAGACAUCAAGCAUUAAAUUACAAUAAUGCCAGAAAGGUUACUUUAUACAAUACAUUUUGUUGGAUAUGAUUGUCCUUUUUAUGAAAAAGAGAAUUAUAAAAAUAGUAAAAAAAAUGAUGAUUAAUCUAUUAAGGAAAUCAUUAUUAGCAUUACUUAACUCAUUAGAAAUAAAGAGCUGAAAUCAAAAGAAAAGGGAAAGCAAUUAAUCACAGAUUAAAGAAAGAGAGAGCAAAAAGAAAAAGAAUUCAAUUAAAAAUACCCAGAUCUUGUUAAUAUUUUUAAAACAUUAAUGGAUGAAGGAAUAUUUAAAUCAUUCGACAAAUUUAUUGAAGCAUCCUAGAUUAUCUUUGAAAAAUAUAAUAAUCUAAAUAAUAAAAAUUAAAGAUUAGUUGGUGUGGAUAAAAGUUUUACAAUGCUUAAAUCCAAGAGAGGUAGAAGGAUUGACAAUGUUAAAGAGAAUUUAGAAUGGAUUUAAAAAUAAUAUUAUAAAGAUGGAUAGUUUUAUGAAUUUUAGCAAAUCUUAUAAUUAACCUUCCCAUUAAUUGCCAAAGAAUUAAAAGAAUCAAGAAUUUAUUCAGAUUAAAAGGCUCCAAAAAAUGAUAAGUAUAUAAAUUUAAAAGAAGAUUUAAGUAAUAAUAAAGAAGAAUUUAUUAACUAAAUAAUAAAUGAAAAUAAAGAUGAAAUAAUGAAAGAUUUCAAAUUUGAAUUAGAUUUAAAAUUAAUCAAAGACGACAUAAAUUCAUAAUUAGAUAAUUAAUUAAAAAUACUCAAUUAUUUUCUUAAUGAUGUUAAAUUUUCUUUAAUAAAUCAAGAUAACAUUUAAUAACUCGAUAAUAUUCUAAUUAGAAAUUCCUUUUUAUAAAUAAAAAAUAUUUAAUAACAUAUUUAAAUUUAAAUUUCUGAACUAAAACAAAAAAUAAUUUAAGAAGUAGUCAUAACAAAAUUGAAAAUUUAUGUGGAAUUAUAGAUAAUGCAGGUGAGUGAAGAUAUGCUAUGA